UUCUCCAUAGCAACGCAGGGACUGUAUCCCACCUCUCAGUCCUCUCCAACUGUCAGCUAUGAAAACACAGCCUCCAGCAGUGCCGUACAGGAGGGAAAAAUAGAAUGUUUGGUGGCAGUUUCUCCUGUGUCAGGACAGGGAAUAAAUAGUUACACUACACACAGUAACACAAGUUUUACUGUUAAUAAUGUGGUCCUGGACGGAGGUCCUGUCAUGGAAUGUGGAAACAAUGGAUCCAUCCUGUGGAAGGAGCUUUAUGCAGGUCCUUUGUGAGAAGUACAGCCCAGAAAACUUCCCAUAUAGAAGGGGUCCUGGAGCCGGGGUUCAUGUUCCCCCUGGACCGCAGGUGUCUCCUAUGAAAGACCGGCUCAAUCUCCCUAGUAUCCUGGUUCUGAACAGCUGUGGGAUCAACUGUGCUGGAGAUGAAAGUGAGAUUGCUGCUUUUUGCUCCCAUGUAUCAGAGCUGGAUCUCUCUGAUAAUAAGCUUGAUGACUGGGAGGAGGUUAGCAAGAUUGUGUCCAGUGUUCCCCAGUUACAAUUUCUUAAUCUGAGUUCCAACCCACUGCACCUGUCAGUUUUGGGACGUUCAUGCGCCGGGACAUUCUCUAGCAUUCGCAAACUGGUCCUCAAUAACUGCAAAGCCUCUUGGGAAACGGUCCAUACACUGUUGAUGGAGCUGCCAGAGUUGGAGGAGCUCUUUCUGUGCCUUAAUGACUAUAACACAGUAUUAUGUUCACCAGUCUGCUUCCGCUCUCUGAAGCUUCUCCACAUAACAGACAACAACCUCCAGGACUGGUCCGAUAUCCGCAAGUUAGGCACAAUGUUUCCAUGUCUUGACACACUUGUUCUUGCAAAUAACAACCUGUCUAAGAUUGAGGACUCAGAGGAAUCUUUAGCAAGGCUGUUUCCCAAUCUAAGGUCAAUAAGUCUGCAUAAAGCAGGUUUAAAUUCCUGGCGUGACAUUGAAAAACUUAAUGCUUUACCCAAACUUGAAGAGGUUAGAUUAUUAGGUAUUCCUCUGGUGGAGCCAUACAGCACAGAAGAACGCAGGAAACUUGUGAUAGCAAGAUUGCCGUCUGUAUCCAAACUGAAUGGCAGUGUUGUCACGGAUGGUGAAAGAGAAGACUCUGAAAGAUUCUUCCUGCGUUACUAUAUGAAUCUCCCAAAGGAAGAUGUCCCAUUAAGAUAUCAGGAGCUGGUGACAAAGUAUGGCAAAUUAGAACCGCUUGUAGAAGUGGAUCUUCGACCACAGAGUAAAGCAAACGUUGAUAUACACUUUGAAGAGAAAGUGGAGACAAUAAGCAUCCGUUUAGAUCAGACUGUGGCCGAGUUCAAAAAACAGCUAAAAAAUUUGGUGCAGCUUUCUACCAACAACAUGCGCCUGUACUAUCUGGACCAUGAAGCCCCUUUUGGGCCAGAGGAAAUGAAAUUCAGUACCCGCUUUUUACAUUCAUAUAAUGUUCAUGAUGGCGACAAAUUCUAUGUGGAACCCAAAAUCAAAUGACCGUACAUGCCUCUUCCUAUAGUUAUAUAUACACUCACACUGUAUAUAUAUAUAUAUAUAUAUAUAUAUAUAUAUAUAUAUAUAUAUAUAUAUAUAUAUAUAUAUAUAUAUAUAUAUAUAUAUAUAUAUAUAUAUAUAUAUAUGGACAUUACAAGGGAUUUUUGGUUUUGUUAUAAUUGCUUUUAUAUAAAUUAACCUCUUUGCCCCCCUGGUGCCAACCGCCAGCUCUAGCACAUUGAAGAGCUAUGUGCAGGUGCACAAGUGGACAAUAAAGGGGUCUUCAUCAGCUUAGGGACCUCUACAUCAUAGCAGGCUCUUUAAGGAGAGCCCUACCUGGAGCACUUUGUGUUUGUGAGUUAUUUACAAAACUGAAAAUAUUGCAGUUAUUUUUUUUUCUAUUUAGUUGAGUCAAGGUAUAUUACCCUUUACACAUAACUGUGUAUAUAAAUAUAUAUAAUAAUUUAUUGCCAUGAUUACCUUAGUUCUUUCAUGUCUCUGAUUAUGCAGAUUACUUUUUAGAGUUUUUCUAUUUUAUGCUUCUCUUCAAUUUGAUGCCCUUUACUUUCAUGAGAUCUACUGGUGUCCAGCAUGUGGUAAUCACCCUGUUUUCCCCCAUUGUCUGUGUUUAUUUAUUAUACCAGUGACAUAGUGGGGAAUAUUGGUAUUGGCACAGACAAUCAGAUAUCAAGCUAUUGGAGCUGACAAAGAGCCAAUGAAAAAUUCAAGUCACAGUACAUAUUCUUGUUUGUUUGUUUUUUAUCUUUUUUUUACCUACUUAACUUCCUGGCCAUACCCUAAAUUACUCCAUGUUUGUAAACCUUUGCUAAUGUAUCAUUUUUAUACAUGUCAUUUUUCACUAUUUAUGUUAGGCUACAUAUUUUUGAGACAAGGUACACCCUUUUAAUGUCCAAGGGAUUUUACAGAACAAAGUUCACAUUUAUGAUGGCCGUGCAAGUGCCAAAACAGGCUCAAUGCACCAUUGCCAUUUACUUCUUGCCCCUUUUUGGGAUUGCAAAAUAAAGUACAAAGAGUUGCUCCCAUUUCUGUAUGCUGUAUGCAGUGGAUGGUAUAAGUGAAAGUACUUAAAACAUUCAUUACAGGAUGCCCUUGCACCCUGUGCAUUCUGUGCUCUUUGCCUUGCAACAGAUAUUUAUUGUGGCUCAGGAGGCAGUGCGCUAGAGACCUCUAAGCGGUACAGUUUUGCUGGAGUGCUUAUGACUAUGGCAUAGCGUAAAUGAGUCUACGUGUUACCUGCUUUUAGUUUAUUGUUUUUAAUUUGUGAUUUUUAAAAAUCUGUCUCAGCAAAUAGGCUGGCAGUAAAGAAAGCCAGUAAAAAUGGUAUGGCUUCCCAAGUCACUGUGACCAGGCAGUCCAAACUAUGCGAUACACAAUGAAUGGGAUUACUUGUGAUUUUUUCUUUUAAUCUGUUCGUUUAGGGCAAAAAAUUGUUGUAAAGCAUCUGUGUGUAGAAAAAGGCAUACUAGCUGACUUCCCCUGCCACAAUAAGUUUUUUCUAAGAAUGUUUGCCAGAAAUACAUUUUGCAGUCUGUGGAGUUUAUUUAUCCAAGUGCCUAAAAUACUAAUGAAUACACCCAAAACAGAAUACUAUUGAAAAGUGUAUUAUUUGGUAAUGAAGUGUUACAUUUGUGUUAUAUCCUAAGUAUUAGCGGUGCUUCUUAUCCUUCUACUCCCUUUGUUUUGCUCCUUUUUAUAUGUAUAUUUCAUUUAUGCACAACUGUUGUUUGGAAGGUUUUGUAUAUCCCUCCCAAUAGAUGAUGCUCCAUAAACAUUGAAAGAUCACUAUUUCAAUAUUGCAUGUAAAAUAUUUACUUUCUUUCCUGGUGUCCAUCUUUGUUCAAUAUACAUCUUUUCCAGUCUCCAUCCUAUGCUUUCUCUGUGACAGUGUUUGGAAGAUUCUGUUUCCUUCCUGGUUAAGCAAAUCUGAAACAGCAACAAUGCUAAUUGUGCAGAGUUUUCCCAAGGGGUAUUGCUCUAACUCACAUUUCACUCCAAGGGGUCAGACAAACAAGGACUCUUUAACUGGCAGAGACCUAGAAGAGUGCAACAAGCAGAAUGGAACAUAACAUAGUUCCUUGAACAAUGUUAACAAUCCAUGUUCUUAUACAGAUCAGAGCAAAACUAUUCCCAUAUGGCAGUGUUCUGAUGCUUAUGGGGGUAAAGAGAUACAGAAAAGCAAUUUGAUCUACGUUAAUGCUGGCAACUGUAAUUUUACAGACUCUGCAUUAUAAGGGUAUGUAGUGUCCAUUGUUUUGCACCAAAGUUGGUUAGGUACUAAUUUAUCCAAGGGGUUUGUUUAAAGGCUGCAUCUAAUAAACCAUAGGCAAUGCUGCAGGCAUUUCUCCAUUCUAGCAGUAAAUCCACCCUAAGGCAGUUGCAAUUUAUGUGGUCCUGAACAAAGAUUUUACCUUCUAAUCAUUGUUUUAUUAAUAUCCAGCAGUAAACAAGUGAACCUAAAAGCUAACUGAUAUUAUCAUUCUUUUGAGUUUAAACUCUAGGCCUGGUGAACCUAGCCUGGAACUGCUAGUUGUGAUGUGGCUGCCUUGUUAGUGGUUAUUGUAUUUGAACACAACAUCCUUUAUGAAUCCUGCAUUGAAGUUUGUAGAAUUGUGUUUUUUUUACUCAGCAUUUUUCCAGGCUACAUGUGACCAUUUUAGAUUGCAAAUUGGUACCAUUUUUUAGGAGAACUUAGAGGGCUUAAGGGAAAAAGCACAAAAUAUGGGGGGGGGGGGGGUCAAUGUUUUAAAUAGGUGUUUAAACAUAAAGCAUGAUUUGGCCAUUAUGCUAAGUAACUUAAAGGAACUCAUUUUUAUAAUGCAAAUGUUCUCUUGUCUGUGAAAUCAUCAUUUCAGUUUAUUUUUCUAAUGUUCUGAAUGCAACACUUCCUGUGGAUUAUGAUGCUGAAUGAGGAUCUAGACCUCUGCACCCCACCAAACUGCAAGCCAGUGCACCAUCUAUGUGGCUAAUGACUGCCAAAGACUUCACAGAUUCAGUAGGAUGGUUUGGCCAGCUUUCCAUCAGUUCUUCAUUUAGAGUAAAGCAAACACUACUCCCAUUUGCAGUGGAGCAGCUAGACUGUUGUUCAUGCUUGUAAUUGAGCUUUUAGUAUAUAUUGUAAUAUUACUGAUCUCUUGGUGCAUUCACCAGGUCUUCAGUGAUGCCCUAUAUAGCCUCUUUACUACCUUUAUAUUGAGUCCAGAUUGGAAUGCAUUUCUGAUUAAAAAAAAAAACCCAAUGUGAAUAAUUGCUAAAUAAUAAAGUUUAGUUUUGGAUAGUUAUCUU